AUGGCGCCCCCGACGAGACAGUUGCACAGACUCUCUAUCAGUCAGGCUAUGCCGGCUUCCAGAACCCCCCGCGCCCAGGGUCGACCAGAUCCCACCCAAGGCCAUCGAGACGAAGCCAAUGACAGCUCAUCUGCCGAGAGCGAAAGCGAGGAGGAAAGCGAGGAGAGUGCAGAGAGCAGUGACAAUGAGUCCGAGGGCGGAUCAAAGGUCCGAGCCCAUUCAGGCAUCACCUACAACCUCAGUCAUUUAGAUACCGAGUCUGAAGCUCAGGCGAUGGUAGGUCUGAUGGGCGAGUUCGACGUGGUCAACUGCCGUGCUUCGUCCGAGGGUUUUGACUUUCAGCUUUUGGACCGGCCGCGCGUGCACAUUGGGCCGGACUCGCCUACUUGUACCUGCUCAACUUUUCAAGACCGGCCUGAAGGUGCAUGUCAACACAUCUUUUGGCUCCUCGAUCAGCUGCAUGGCUGCUUUCUCUCUGAACCACCGUCCACCGAGGUAGCCUUGUCUCACGAUGGCCGGCCCGUUGUGCGUCAACGCAUCGAAGAUCUCCUCAAAGGCAAGCUGGAGGCAGUGGCGAAUCAGCUCAAUUGGCAGUACCUCCGGGAUGAGGGCGACAGCAGGACCAAAGCGAUGACACGAGUGGAAAAGGUACGAGACGUGCUCUCAGCGUUCACCCCGACUAUCCUGCCAGAAAAUUUCCGUCCCGAUCUCGUGGAAUCGACAACGCCGGCACGCACUGCGGAGCAGUGUGUCGUGCAAGGUGACUUUCAAGCAACCAUCUUCCGGCUAGCAGUACACGACGAUGGCGUUCGCAGUAGUCUCUGCAAAGCCAUGCCAGCCGGUGCCUGUGCAGCCAUCUACUUUAACAAAAUCCAGGAUCAUUCUCGCCGCCUGCUAGCCGACUUCGACAGGUAUUGUGCCACGGGAGAAAUGCCUUCGGAUCCGAGUAGUCCUGGUGGUGGACCAGUACAGAUAGAUCAGAUCUUGAAGGAACUACGCCGCUCAGUCUCUCGCAUCCACUCGCACAUCGGUUACCGCGCGCCCUACGGUUUCGAAGGUGCGGCCAAAGCCCUCGUCUUCAUUCUCGACGCCAUAUCCUCCCGGCACAAAGAUCCGCUAGAUGGGAAUACCUGGGGCCGAACUUCUUUCCAGGGUGAAGAUGAGGACCAGCGAAAUCUGUAUCUCAUGCUCAUCGGAGAUCCAGACAUGGACCUGGAACCAGACGCCGAGCUAUUUGUCAUUACCGCCCUGGAAGCCCUCCCUCCAUCUAACCUCUACCAAUUUAUCGAGGAGCUGCGAGACAUUCGGGCAAAGAUUGAAGUGAAUCGGGCACCAAAGGUGUUCCUUUAUCGACUAGGAGAUUUGAUUCGAUCGGCGGAAUUGGCAGCGAGUGCGUCGGGCCAGAAGAGGCCCGCGGCAGGGAAUUCAGGCGGCCAUUCUAAGCGGACUCGAUGA